AAGUGACUCUGAGGCGUCCGGACGCAGCGGCGGCAGCCAAUCAGAGAGCGUGACGUCAGUUUGGCGCGGAGUUUGGCGGCCGGGGCUUACAGUGGCGGGAGUUGGAGGCAAUAAGGAGUCCAGAGGUGAGGGGAGCAAAAUACCAUUCCUGCCUAAUUUGGGGGCAUUUCCACGGCUUUUCCCUCAGCUGAGCCUUUUCCUCCGGCCCAGAUGCUCUUCAAUUCGGUGCUCCGCCAGCCCCAGCUCGGCGUCCUGAGAAAUGGGUGGUCUUCGCAGUACCCUCUACAGUCCCUUCUAACUGGUUAUCAAUGCAGCUUUAAUGAUGAGCACACUUCUUACGGAGAAACAGGAGUCCCAGUUCCUCCUUUUGGAUGCACCUUCUCUUCUGUCACCAAUAUGGAGCAUAUACUAGCAGUUGCCAAUGAAGAAGGCUUCGUUAGAUUAUAUAACACAGAAUCACAAACUUACAGAAAGAAGUGCUUCAAAGAAUGGAUGGCUCACUGGAAUGCUGUUUUUGACCUGGCUUGGGUCCCUGGUGAACUUAAACUUGUUACAGCAGCAGGUGAUCAAACAGCCAAAUUUUGGGAUGUAAAAGCUGGUGAGUUGAUUGGAACAUGCAAAGGUCAUCAAUGCAGCCUCAAGUCAGUUGCCUUUUCCAAGUUUGAGAAAGCUGUAUUCUGUACAGGUGGAAGAGAUGGGAACAUUAUGGUCUGGGACACCAGGUGCAACAAAAAAGAUGGGUUUUAUAGGCAAGUGAAUCAAAUCAGUGGAGCUCACAAUACUUCAGACAAGCAGACCCCUUCAAAACCCAAGAAGAAACAAAAUUCAAAAGGACUUGCUCCUUCCGUGGAUUUCCAGCAGAGUGUUACUGUGGUCCUCUUUCAGGAUGAAAAUAUAUUAGUCUCAGCAGGAGCUGUGGAUGGGAUAAUCAAAGUAUGGGAUUUGCGCAAAAAUUACACUGCUUAUCGACAAGAACCCAUAGCAUCCAAGUCUUUCCUGUACCCAGGUAGCAGCACUCGAAAACUAGGAUACUCAAGUCUGGUUUUGGAUUCUACUGGAUCUACUUUAUUUGCCAAUUGCACAGAUGACAAUAUCUACAUGUUCAAUAUGACUGGAUUAAAAACUUCUCCAGUGGCUAUCUUCAAUGGACACCAAAACUCUACCUUUUAUGUAAAAUCCAGUCUUAGUCCAGAUGACCAGUUUUUAGUCAGCGGCUCAAGUGAUGAAGCAGCGUACAUCUGGAAAGUCUCCACACCCUGGCAUCCUCCUACUGUGCUCCUGGGUCAUUCUCAAGAGGUCACUUCUGUGUGCUGGUGUCCAUCCGACUUCACAAAGAUUGCUACCUGCUCUGAUGACAAUACACUAAAAAUCUGGCGCUUGAAUAGAGGCUUAGAGGAGAAACCAGGAGGAGAUAAACUUUCGAUAGUGGGUUGGGCCUCUCAGAAGAAAAAAGAGGCAAGAGCUGGUCUAGUAACAGUAAUGAGUAGCCAGAGUACUCCUGCCAAAGCCCCCAGAGUAAAGAGCAGUCCGUCCAUUUCCUCCCCAUCUUCUGCAGCUUGUGCUCCAAGCUGUGCUGGAGACCUUCCUCUUCCUUCAAAUACUCCCACAUUCUCUAUUAAAACCCCUCCUGCCAAGGCCCGGUCUCCUAUCAACAGAAGAGGCUCUGCUUCCUCUGUCUCUCCCAAGCCACCCUCAUCGUUCAAGAUGUCACUUAGAAACUGGGUGACCCGAACACCUUCCUCCUCACCACCCAUCACUCCACCUGCUUCUGAGGCCAAGAUCACAUCUCCAAGAAAAGCCCUCAUUCCUGUGAGCCAGAAGUCAUCCCAAGCAGAGGCUUCCUCUGAGUCUAGAAAUAGAGUAAAGAGGAGGCUAGACUCAAGCUGUCUGGAGAGUGUGAAACAAAAGUGUGUGAAGAGUUGCAACUGUGUGACUGAGCUUGACGGCCAAGUCGAAAAUCUUCAUUUGGAUCUCUGCUGCCUUGCUGGUAACCAGGAAGACCUUGGUAAGGACUCUCUCGGUCCUACCAAAUCAAGCAAGAUUGAAGGAGCUAGUACGAGUACCUCAGAGCCUCCUUCUCCUGUCAGUCCUUAUGCUUCAGAAAGCUGUGGAACGCUACCUCUUCCUUUGCGACCUUGUGGAGAAGGGUCUGAAGUGGUAGGCAAAGAGAAUAGCUCCCCAGAGAAUAAAAACUGGUUGUUGGCCAUGGCAGCCAAACGGAAGGCUGAGAAUUUGUCCCCACGAAGUCCAUCAUCCCAGACACCCAAUUCUAGGAGACAGAGUGGAAAGACGUCACCAGCCCCGGUCACCAUUACUCCCAGCUCCAUGAGGAAAAUCUGUACAUACUUCCAUAGAAAGUCACAAGAUGACUUCUGUAGUCCUGAACACUCAACAGAAUUGUAGAUUCUUGUCUGUAAUUAACUAAACGUUGGUCCACUAAAACAAGAUGAAAAAUACAACAGAGUAACUAUAUAAACUCUGGUCUUUAAGAAACCUACCGUCUUUUCAUUUUUAGAGAAAAUUCUUUCAACUCUGAAAUGCACCUAGUCUGGUUCUACUACCAUAGUGUAUACGCAGCUUCCUCAGGAUGAAUCUGUGUUUAAAUUUCAUAAAGUAAAUUUGUCACUGUAGCAUUUUGAGUGAAUAGUCUUCACUUUUUAAAGUAUGCAUCUUUUCUGCAAUAACGACAUCCUAGCUCAUGGAGGCAAAAAACGAAACAUGUCUCUGGUUACCCUGAAACUUUCUGUACACAAUGGAAAGUAUUUGCCAGCCACAGCACGAGGCCUAUCUGUGAAGGCCAACUGCUGACGAAAUCCUCUGCUGAAGACCCCUGGAUCUGUUCUGCCUUAGACAAGUAUAACUUUAUUUGAAAUAUAUCAUCUUUUCACUAUGCUUUUGUGUUGUUUUUUUAAGUAUGUGUAAAAGUGUGAUGUUCAGAUAAGUACAUUUAUAUCAGUUUAGUGUUAAAAUACAUUCUCUUGAGUUAAAGUCAUCUUUAGUUUAAGUGCAGUGAUAAAAUGUCAACUGUUUGGAGAAACUAGAACAACAAAAAUAGCUAUAUUUGUCUUUUUUCCCCCAAAUAUAUCUCCCACAUGAGAUUUAAGGUCCCCAUAUUUUUACCAAGCAAUCUACUGUGUUAUCAAACCAACACCACUUUCUAUAGUAGGUUAUGAUUUUUGUCAUUUAGUAGAGGGAGAUAUUUUAAAAAUCAAUAGUCAUACACUGAAGCUGGGGUUUGAAUCAGGUGCAGUCUUCAGUUCUAUAGGGCUGCAACUUUUUAAAAAAUGUCAUCAGAUUUUAAGAAAAAAUAAUGAUUUUAUUGAUAUUUUUAUAAAAGAUAGCUCUGAACUGAAAAUCCAGAACCUGAAAAAUAAAUCUUAGCUUUCUCAUGUACAUUAAAUGCAAUAACCUUCUAGAAUAGCCCUAAGCGAAAAAGUCAUGGAGUUUUCUCUAGAUAUUUAAUACAGAGAGUGUAUAGACUGACUUUAAAUUAAUAAUGUGCAAAAGAUCUUAAACAUCCUUCCCUUAAUCAACAAUUAUGUAUCAUUCAUAUUGAAAUAUACCAUUUUUUCUAUUAUUCCCCUUUGUAACCUCAUGGAAAAGAAGCUUUAUAUACAUGGAAGGGAGUCAGUCCCUUUCCAGUGACGAAACUUGAUUCCUUUUAUCCAUAUCUCUAUUAUGGGUAUGUCUCUAUCUCUAUUAUUGUAUCCAUAUCUCUAUUACUACAUAGUCUUUAUUCCUAUUUUUUGUCAUGAUUUUAAAAUCCAUUCUUAAUGAAAACUCUUUAAUUCCUUUGAACUUAUAUUAUGCUUGUAACAACCAGAACUGCAUAGGUCAAUUAAGCAUAGGUUCUCCAUGGUUUUAUCCAAAGAGAAAAACAAAAAGGGAAGCUGUAGAAUUGCUCUCAUCGAAACCAAGCACACCAUGGCCUUAACUGAAUAUUUAGGAAAUCUGCUUAUAUUUGAUGUUUGAUUUUUGAGUGUUGGGCUGUGGGGAGGUGUUAUUUUUGACCAAUACUUGCCAAUAACCCUAUCUCUCUUGCUUCGAAAGCCAAUGGGGGGGAAAAAUCUGUGAAAAAGAAAAGUGUCAAUAAAGUAGGUGAUUUUGUAUGUAUCCCUGAACAUCUCCUGGCAGCACUACUGAAUUAAAUUGGGGUAAAUGCGGCUGUCAGAAACUGUGCCAAGAGUCUACUGGGUGUAAUAUGUCCCACUUGGAAAACUAGUACUUCAACUGGAUGCCAAAGGUCAAAUGUAAUGAGAUAAUAAUUAUCUCUCCUUGUGUCAGUGUCAAACUUUGAGCUGAUCCUGAAUAAUAAAGCAUUUUAUCUUAUCU